AUGCCUUUGACACGCGCCGAGAUCAUUGCAUUCCUCCUCGACAAUGGGGUCGACGCCUCUGAUAUCCGAGUGGCUGAGGGCCGUGGUUUCGACGCUCUCGACGACCUUGCAGCAGGCGUCGGUUGCAUGUUGGAGGAUGAGGCGGCAGUGCGGGGCGUCCUGAAGCGCGCGAGGGUGCAGGCUGCGGCCAGAGAGAGAGAGAACAUGCAACGGCGCCGAUCUGAAAUGGAUGCACAGCUGCGGCCGCUCUCGGCCUCCGAGCGUCGCAGGUUCCGCGAUGCCUUUGACCGCUUCGAUGCCGACGGCUCUGGCGCACUGACCCAGCGCGAGUUUGGACGAGCGAUGAAGGAGUCGGGCAUGUUUCCUUACAGGUACGAGCUCGAUGAGCUCUUCUCUGAGUGCGACAAGGACCGCUCCGGCACCAUCGAAUUUGACGAGUACUGCCGGCUGGUGCAACUCUACCGCACAAAGCAGUCGUGCCUCGAGCGCUUCUGUGAACGCGCCAUCGACCUCUUUCCCUGCAAGCCCGCCACCCAAGGGUCGAAGCGACGGAGACAUCGUGCUGAAGCAGCAGCGGCAGAGCGAGGGGUAGCGAUGCAGGCGAAGCCUGCCGGGGAGGCGGAGGGUGACGGUGAGGAUGGCAGUGCCGCGCAAAAACCGCACGUUGUGAAGUAUCAUCACGCAAGCGAGCCCUCGAAGGAGUCUGCGGUGACGCUGCUGCAGCGGUGCGUCCGCGGCCGCUCGGCAAAGCUGGAGCUGGCGGUGCGGCUUGCACUGCGGCGCGCCGAUCCAGGGUCGGUCGCGGCGGCGCGAGCGAGCCGCGGCCUCGACGCAUGGGCCGCUGUGGUGCAUCAGCUGCUCGGGCCUGCUGCGUGG